CUAGUUUCCUCUCCCACUUUCACCAUUCCACCCUCUACGCACAACUACUGAAUGCAACUAUAUUAAAAAGCCUCAAGGGCUCUAUCUACUUAUGAUGGAGUCCACCGGCGUUCUCGCCCAACCACCACCGCCUUCAAUACCUGAUCCUUCUCUCCCACCAGAAGACGCCAAUGCACCUCCUGAACCCGUUCUACAGAACGGUACCAAGUAUUUCGAUAGUGAAAGUGAACUCUCCGAACCUGCAGAACCUAUCGCGCCCAGAGCCUCGCCGCCACGCGUCAAAGUCGACGAUGAUGACGAUGAAAACAUGCAAGAUGUUGAUGAACCCAGCUCAGAUGAACCAGACGCGGAAGGUGAUGCCGAUUACGAGAUGGAUACCUCGAUGCAAGUAAAGAACAUAAGAUCUGAAGAAGAUGCCUCUUCCUCCGACGAAUCUAUCAGACCAGCCAAGAGAAAGGCACCUGCAGCUGAUGAAGAUGACGAUAUCAGGAACAAUCCGGAGCUGUACGGCUUGAGACGAAGUGGCAGGGCUCGCCAUGUCUAUAAUAUGGCAGAGUCCGAUGCCGAGCAAGACUCUGAUUCAGACAUUGCUCCUCGUCCCCGGAAGCGUUUGCGACACGUCUCUCAGCGUUCCUCCAAGCAGGCAACCCCAGUCAUUGACACUCCCUCCCUGUCCGAUGGCGAUUCUGACGCGUACGGCGGCAAGCGUGCGAAGCUCACUAAGAAGCAGCGUCGAAGACUACUCCAGUCUGCCGAGAACCUUACACCUGCACACGCUGAAAUCCGAUUCUCCACCCGUCGUGCUGCGAAGGUAUCUUCUUAUAAUGAGGAUGAGGAUGAUGAUAUAUUCGCUGAAGAAGACGCUGAUACACUGACGCCGAACUAUUGGGUCAACGAGCAAGAAGACAACUCCCCAGCUAUUGACGCCGUGUUGAACCACCGUCUCAAGGCUGAUGUCACAACCCUAUCACAUACGAAGGACGACUAUGAAUUUCUCAUAAAGUGGCAGCAGAAGUCUCACUAUCACGCAACAUGGGAAACUAUCGAGUCUUUGAAAGAUGUGAGAAGCUUUAAGCGUCUGGACAACUACAUCAAGAAACAUUUGAUGGAAGAUAUCCGAAUCGCCAGCGACCCUGAAAUUGGGCCAGAGGAUAAGGAGAAGUGGCUGCUGUACCGAGAAGAAGUGGCUGAAGGUCUAGAAGAGCACAAGAAAGUCGAGAGAGUCAUCGGCGAUCGCGAAGGUGAAGACGGCACUGAGUACUUUGUCAAGUGGAAGGGUCUCCUGUACAACGAUGCAAGCUGGGAACCAUCAAGUUUAGUCAGCGAGAUUGCACAAACCGAGAUUGAUCGCUAUCUUGCUCGUAUUCGAGAAGAUUUCAGAUCGAAUACGACGGAAACCAACCCUGGAAGUCGACGAGCUUUUGUACCCAUGCGAGAACAACCACCAUACAUCCAGAACGGCACUCUCAAGGACUUCCAGUUGCAAGGUUUGAAUUUCCUUGCGUUCAACUGGUCGCGUGCAAAGAACGUCGUCCUUGCAGACGAGAUGGGUCUCGGAAAGACCGUCCAAACCGUCGCCUUCAUGAGUUGGCUGAGACACGAUCGUGGCCAACAGGGUCCUUUCAUCGUCGCCGUUCCUCUCUCGACAAUGCCUGCUUGGGCCGAUACUUUUGAUCAUUGGACACCGGACAUUAAUUAUGUGGUCUAUAAUGGACCUACUUCCGCCCGGAACAUCAUCAAGGACUAUGAGUUGUUCCCUGAUGGAAAUGUUCGUCACCCUCGCUUCCAUGUCCUUCUCACGACAUAUGAGUUUGUCCUGCAGGAUGCUCCAUUUUUAAGUCAGAUCAAAUGGCAGUUUAUGGCAGUUGAUGAAGCUCAUCGUCUGAAGAACCGCGAGUCUCAGCUGUACGAUCGCUUGCGAGAGUUCAAAGCGCCAGCACGGCUUUUGAUCACUGGUACUCCGGUUCAGAACAACCUUGGGGAGUUGUCUGCGCUCUUCGACUUCCUCAAUCCUGGUGUCAUCAACAUUGACGAGAACAUGGAUUUAAUUACAGAGGAAGCCAGCGCAAAAAUAGCUCAACUCACCGAGGAUAUCAAACCCUACAUGCUUCGACGCACCAAGAAUAAAGUCGAAAAGGACCUCCCUCCCAAGACCGAAAAGAUCAUCCGUGUCGAACUGUCAGAUAUUCAGCUGGAGUACUACAAGAACAUCUUGACGAAGAACUAUGCAGCCCUUAAUCAAGGCGCCAAGGGGCAGAAGCAAUCACUCCUCAAUAUUAUGAUGGAGCUGAAGAAGGCAAGCAACCACCCAUUCAUGUUUCCGAGUGCAGAAGAGCGUCUUGUUCCUGAAGGUGCUCGACGAGAUGAGGUUCUCCGUGCUCUCAUAACCAGCAGUGGUAAGAUGAUGUUGCUCGAUCAGCUCCUUACCAAACUCAAGCGCGACGGCCAUCGUGUCUUGAUAUUCAGUCAAAUGGUCAGGAUGCUCGAUAUCCUCGGCGACUACAUGGACUAUCGAGGCCAUGCUUAUCAGCGCCUUGAUGGCACUAUCGCUGCGGCUCCCCGUCGCAUUGCCAUCGACCACUUCAAUGCUCCAGAGAGCACUGAUUUCUGCUUCUUGCUCUCCACCAGAGCAGGUGGUCUGGGCAUUAACCUAAUGACCGCCGAUACAGUCAUCAUCUUCGAUUCAGAUUGGAAUCCACAAGCUGAUUUGCAAGCUAUGGCUCGAGCUCACCGAAUUGGACAAGUCAAGCCCGUCAGCGUUUAUCGCUUGGUCUCUAAGGAGACUGUUGAGGAAGAAAUUCUCGAGCGUGCCCGCAACAAGUUGAUGCUUGAGUUCUUGACCAUCCAACGUGGCGUUACCGACAAAGAAACCCAAGCUCGACGCACGGCGUUGGUUGGGGAACCUGGCAGCUCAAGCGAGAUUUCGAGAAUCUUGAAGAAGCGCGGCCAGAAAAUGUUCGAACAAACCGACAACCAGAAGAAACUUGAGGAGCUUGACCUCGACGCCGUGCUCAACAAUGCUGAAGAUUACAAAGUUGAGCAACCUGACGGCACUGACGCUGAUGGUGGUGAAGACUUCCUACGGAGCUUUGAUUUUGUUGAUGUCAAGGUGGACGAAAUGUCUUGGGACGAUAUCAUCCCCCGAGAGCAACUUGAGGAGAUAAGAGCCGAAGAACAACGAAAAGCGGAUGAGAAGUACCUUGCCGAAGUCAUCGAGCAGAAUCAGCCUCGAGUGCGAAAUCGUGACGCCGAAGAUCGUGAUGCUCGGAAGGCUCGACGACACGAGCAACGGCAGAAGGAAGUGGAUUCGGACAGUGAGUCUGAAGAAAACCCUAAAGCUGAUCCAGCUCGACCACUCAGUCAGCGCGAAUACCGAUAUCUUAUCAAAGGUCAUCUCCGCUAUGGCUCCAUGGAAGACCGUCAGGAAGAGUUUUUGACAGAAGCUCGUCUUCGAGGGAGAGACCUUGGAGUUGUAAGAGCCGCCAUGAAGGAAGUUUGGGACAAGUCCGCAGAGCUCUACAAGGCGGAGCAAGCACGCAUGGCUGAACUGGAGCGCACAGCCAACCGCCCAAUCACGAAGAAGGAUCGCAAGGCUGUCCUAUUUGAAUUGCAUGGCGUCAAGCGAAUUAACGCCGAAACCAUCCUUGAGCGCCCUGGUGAGAUGAGACUGCUUCAAGAAGUCACUUCGAAGGACCCGGACUUCAAAUCAUUCCGCAUUCCCGAAGCUACCAAGGCGGCUGGGUAUACUUGCGCCUGGGGCGCCAGAGAAGACGGCAUGCUCUGUGUUGGCAUUACCCGCCACGGCUAUGGUGCUUGGGAGAAGAUUCGUGAUGACCCCGACCUUGGUUUGCAGGACAAAUUCUUCCUAGAAGAGCAUCGUGUCGACAAGAAAGCAGAGCGCGAGAGGUUGGAUGACAGGAACGCAAAGUCUCCAGGCGCCGUACACCUUGUCCGACGUGCUGAUUAUUUGAUCUCAGUAUUGAAGAGCAAGUACGUUGAUGAUCCGGUCGCCAAGAGAGCGGUCGAGAAUCAUCAUCGCAACAACAAGAAACAACAAGCUGAGAAGGCUGGUAACGUCGGAUCCCCUGCUCCAGGACCGGGGUCGCAUCGUAAGGCACAUCGAGAUUCGGAGAAACCACGUCACCGACCCAGCCAAGGGCAUCGUGACAGUUCUGAACGAUUUGGUACCCCCAGAGCGGACAGCCGUCACGGUCAUAAUCGGCAUGACAGCGAGCGCAGAGACGAUAGAGACCGCCGAGAUGACAGAGAUCGCAGACAUCGUGAUGAGCAUGGGCAUAGUUCCCUCCACAAUCGGCACGGUAGCGAACACCGCCGUAAUGAGAACCCUGCUGGGGCCUCCACAUCCGACGUUGAUCCUCUCAUGCAGGUGCUAUUCAAACCUGUCAGGGAGAGCUUGAAGAAGAUCAAGGCAACGACCAAAAGCGCCAUUCCCGAUUCGCAACAACGGGCGAAUGAGUUGAGAGUUCUUUUGAAGCAGAUUGGUAACUUCAUCACUGAACAAGUCGCUGACCUCGAUGACAACCACGAGUCUGUGGAAAAACGCUUCUGGGACUAUGCUGCCACGUAUUGGCCGAACAAAGGUAUCAAGGGUCAGGAACUUCAGAACAUACACGGCAAGAUCGUUGCUUCAGAUAAUAAGCUUGCUGGUGAAGGUUCGCCAAAUGACGAGGCGAACAAUGUUGACGGUCGAGCCAACGGUUCAUAUCAUACCUCGCCGCCACAUUGAGCGAAGAGACAUCGGAAACUAUUGCUUUUCGCCUUCUCGGGCUUGGAAAUCUCCAGGUCUAUCGUGUGCUGGUGUUUUGUUGUGCGACAUUUAUAUCCCAGACUGGAGGUGACUCGGGAGUUUCAGUGUAUGAUUCGAAAGGUUCGAAAGAUUCUCUGCGGGCCACAUCAUUUUCACGACAUCAAAACAACUCUCAGCUUAUUCAAAUUGUCAACACUUAGCGACUGCAUUAAAGGUUAGAUUUCACAGUUUCGAGCAUGCGAUUCGAGCUGUCAGUCCGAAAGACCAUGACGAGCAGACGCAACAUGCUAACGGUGUCUGAUGAUUCUUAUUCGUAUUUCGGCUACGUGGAGGUUGGAUUGGGCCAUUACUAUCAUGACAGGAAGAGCGUGGAGUCUUGAGCGCGGAUUGUCUGUGGGAUGGAAGUGGCUCAAAUUUGGAGAGGGAGGGAUGAUGGGUGUGCACCGGUUGGCAUCAUCGAAGUGGAUGUCUGCAUGGUAUUGUUGGUGCGGACUUUUCGAAACUGGACAUUGACACGGGACAUUCAAAAGCAAUCAGAGCCAGGAAUCCAUGGGAAGGGGAGGCAUUAAGCAGUCUCGAGGGAAUUGAGCAUGAUAUGAGGGAUAGAAAAUAUGUCCUGCUUGUCAAUCUCUCAUCUGGGGGUGCACGGGGGUGCUAAAAUACCUAGUAUUCUUGACUUCUAUCCAUAAUAAAUGGUAUAAAAUUAUUUCAA